CUGCGAGGCAACACCACCCUGGCGGUAUGCGUGGUAAUGACCAACUUGCCAAGUAUUCUCAGGCUACUCGUCAUACUAAACCAGGGCUAGCGCCUGCAAAUUCAAGCCCAAGGCUGUAAGUUGCACCGAUAAUAUGUCCACCAACUCUGAGCCGGCAACUUGGACGAGCGCGAGGAACUCCCUUGCCAUACUUGUCGUGAGCCUCGGGCUUUCGUUAUUUACAACAGCCUACGAAAAAUCGGUUAUCCCGCUGUUUGCCAGUGUCCCGACUUUGAAAUACCUUGAUCGCAUCGUGCAUGCGAGCACAGUGUUCGCGGUUAUAGCUCCAAAGCUUUCGAGUUCGAAAAUCCUCUUGAUUCUGGGCACUCUGGUUCUCCUAGCACCCCAUACCUCUUACUGGAUUAGUGUUCAUGUUGCUAGGUUCAGGGAUCCCAUUUACAGUCCUCUCGUCACCCAUGCAUUUGUAUUGGCCCCCGUUGUGUACUUCGCAGUGUCUUUGGCGAUGAACGUCGAUCCUCGCCUAUCCCUCAUAGUACUGGCCGCCAAUGCACUACAACUUCGUCCACUAUUAACAUUGUUAUUCGGGUUAUUAUCGCUAGACGCUUCGAACAAUGUUACUUUCACUGGAUUGGGAUGUGUAUCUCUUGCUGUGUAUGGUUGGAUGCAAGUCAGUAUGGGCAGGCGUAGUUCCCAUCCGAAUGCGCGAAACACUUGGUCCACAGUGGCCUUGAGUGUGACUCCCCUAGUCUUUGCUACACUUUUAUCCCUCAAUCCAAUCCUUCGCUCUCCGACGCUCGUAGAUUCCCUUGUUUCACCAUACAACAGCACAACUUAUCCGCUCCGUAUACUCAAUUCAACCCGGUCCAAAACUGGUGUGGUGGUGGUCGGCGAGAUAUUGCCUCCAGCCGACGGGAGCUCGACCCCUGUUCAAUCUAUCCGUUACCUUCGAGCAUCCCACUCGUUACUGGGAGGUGUAUGGAUUGGGGACAAAGUGGCUACACUCGACGAUUUCCCUCCAUUGACUGAUCAACGAGGCACUCCAUUGGGAGAUUCAAUCUACAGCGCAUUUGUUCUUCAGGAGGCAGUGCGGCUUGUCAACAGUACUUCCCAGGGAAGGAAGGGAGAGUGGAAUCAUGCGCUCAUAAUCGGUCUUGGCGCCGGGAUCUCCGCGAAUGCGUUUGCCCAACAUGACAUAGCAACAACUAUUGUUGAGAUCGACCCUGCUGUAUACGAUGCUGCGCGCCAGUAUUUUGGCCUAUCGGAUCCUGGUUCCAAUAAUGUGUUCCUGCAGGACGCGAGAGGGUGGGUUAGAAGUAGGAGAGCUAUGAUAGAAGCUGAAGACCCUUCCGUAGUUAAGUAUGAUGUCGUCCAUCUCUUCUCCAUUGAAUUUUGGAAUGAUCUCAAGACCAUCUUAAGUCCAGAAGGUGUCGUUGCCGUGAACUUUGCUGGAAAAUUUGCAUCCGACUCCUCGCAAGCAAUACUGGUCACUUUGCUGCGAGCCUUUGGGCAAUGCAGAGCCUUCCAUGACCUUAUUGAGUCUAUCUCCCAGGAACAGUUUCACUCCCAGUUCGUCAAUAUAGUCUUCUUUUGUUCUCCAUCUUCAACACCACUCACGUUCCGACCUGCAGUCGAAGACGACUAUCUCCACUCAUAUCUCCGCCGUCACGUUCUAUCCAGUCUUGACAAACGGGAAAUCGAUCACACCCAAAUCAGAGACAGCUCUAUCUGGUCUGUGGAUACGGACGAAAAGUUCGUUCUGACCGAUGCACAUAAUAUGCUGAACAAGUGGCAAGAAGGGGAAGCAUUUGAACAUUGGAAGCUUAUGAGGGAGAUAGUACCAGACGUGGUAUGGGAGACUUAUUGAGGAUCGUGACAUAAUGUUAUUGCCAAAUCCUGUACGGAUGUCACGGGCACCUGCCAAGUCGCCCUGUUCCUUGAUGCUGGGGAACAGCUUCGACCACUGAAAGGAAUGAGCGUCAUGAGCAAGAAUGCUUCAUAUUAUGCACCCUACGCAACCUCGAAAAUUACAAGCUGUUUGGAAACAAGUCGUGGCCAACGACGAGAAACACUGAAGAAACACACGAAACAAAACAGAACCACGUUCUGGAUUGCGAGACGACGACGACGGU